GAGGACGGUAUUAAAGACUGGACGCUUCCGGUAGACGGCAGCUGUGGCGGGGCUUGCUGGGAUCAUGGCGGAGAAUCACUGCGAGCUGCUGCCGCCGGCCCCGGGCGGCCUCGGGGCGGGGCUGGGGGCUGGCCUGUGCCGCCGCUGCAGCGCGGGGCUCGGCGCCCUGGCCCAGCGCCCCGGCAGCGUGUCCAAGUGGGUCCGGCUCAACGUCGGCGGCACCUACUUCCUCACCACCCGGCAGACGCUGUGCCGGGACCCGAAGUCCUUCCUGUACCGUUUGUGCCAGGCCGACCCCGACCUGGACUCGGACAAGGAUGAAACCGGUGCCUAUUUAAUCGACAGAGACCCCACCUACUUUGGGCCCGUGCUAAACUACCUGAGACACGGCAAGCUGGUCAUUAACAAAGACCUCGCAGAGGAGGGAGUGUUAGAGGAAGCGGAAUUUUACAACAUCACCUCACUAAUAAAACUUGUAAAGGACAAAAUUAGAGAACGAGACAGCAAAACAUCCCAGGUGCCGGUGAAGCACGUGUACCGCGUGCUCCAGUGUCAGGAAGAGGAGCUCACGCAGAUGGUGUCCACGAUGUCUGACGGCUGGAAGUUCGAGCAGCUGGUCAGCAUCGGCUCUUCCUACAACUACGGGAGCGAGGACCAGGCUGAAUUCCUAUGCGUGGUCUCCAAGGAACUGCACAACUCCCCGUACGGCACGACCAGUGAGCCCAGUGAGAAGGCCAAGAUUUUGCAAGAACGGGGUUCGAGGAUGUGAGAAGCAUAGUGUUGACAGCUGAAGAAACAUUUUAUCUUUUCCCAAGAUGCAACGAUCUGCCAUGUCGAGGAAGCUUGGCCGUGAGAAGAAACCUGCUUUUGACAAUUUCUCUAGAGAUCUGGGUGUGGAUCCUUUUUUGCCUCUGAGGUGGGUGGUGAGAGACGGGACCAGCUGUCUGAGGCCCGGCAUCCCCACUCGGAGGAGGCGUGCUGGCCAGGUGGGGGUCCCCACGGGGCCCCCGCUCGGUAUCCCGCGUGCCGCAUGGGCCCGAGGCAGGAUGCUUCCAGCCAGCCUAAUCACCGAAGAGCAUUUAAAGGACAGCGUUCUUGGUGCUACAUAAACAGUCUAUAAUGGAGCCUGGGCCUUGCUGGUAGGAAGCGGCUGCAGCGCCAUGGCCCGGGCUCUGGGUGCCCGCUGGCACCCACGUGCGCACCAGGCCCUGGUCCUCGGGUCGGGGAGUCUGCUCUGCCUCCCAGGCGGGAGCGGUUGGCAGUGUCUCGCAGCCCCAGCGGCUCCCGGGAGAGGCGGCCUCCGCGUGUUCACUACUUUCCGGGCCUCGGCCGUGGGCCCGGGCCUCCUUCAGAGCCAGGCUCCCCCGGCCUGACCCUGCCUGGAACAGUCGAGGCUUCUCCAUUUGUAUUUUCCAGGCAAGAGAACUUUGCACCCCUUCUUCCCCAGCGUGGAUGGACAACCUAGCGUUUUUACUUUUUAGAAAUGCCUGAAAGUGUUGCUGCGUUUUGGACCGAUCUGUUAAGUCACUCAAAGGGAGGCAGAAGUCCGUCUCGUGCGGCCCACCCUCAGGCUUGUGGGGAGCCGUUGCCCGUCAGUGCCUUUGUCUCGCCUGGGAUGGAGGCCGGGGCGGGAGGCCUGUCCACCUGGCUUCCGGAGCGGAAACUCCGGGUCACGCCGAAAAUUGGAUGUUUACAGUGCAUCACAAAUCUCUCUUGCCGGCUCUCUCAUUUUCUUUGUCUAACUAUGCAGUUCUCUGGUGUUUCUGGGGUGUUUGAGACUUCACACGACCUGCACGGGCUCUGCCCACGCGACCUGACAUUGGAGCCACUAGAAUCCCUGUAGGAACCGCUGCUCGCAUGCUCUGAGGACAGGCCUUCCUUAGCUGGCCGUGGGGGCUGUCCGCGUGCGGGGGGCCUGGCUCGGACGUGCAGCUCUCGCCUUCCUUGCUAGGAUCGCUGUGCGCACUGACCGCUGCUGGGUGGGGCGGAGGCUCUGACAUGCUUCGUUUCCAAUGCUUCUGGAGGCUUCUCGCCUGUGCCCUCUUCUCCUUUGCCAAUGACCUGAUUAACCUACUUCUCCAGCACCCAGGACUUACCUCCUCCUUUUUGUAAGGUCUGUUGUAUGUUGUUGACUGUUGGCUUCAACCGUUCAUAGCAACCUUUCUAUAGGGCACAUUUAGGUCCUCGUGACCCGCCCUCCCGGUGAGCCCCAGGGAGGGGGGCAGCCCCUUAGUGGCCUACGGGUGUACCUGUGGGGCCCUGCUGGCCACUUAGCGUCGUUUGAUUUGUGACCUUGACAUAAUAGAUAGGCUUGUUGUUUUUUAAUUUAAAGAUAUUAAGACUUAAUUCACUAAAAUUUAUUCUAAGGGGAUAUUUAUACUUUUAUACUUUUUUAGGUAUCCGUAUUUUAUCAGCUUACAGCCUAAGUUUCCCCUGAAAAUAGCGAAUAAAGUUGUGUAUUUAUGAAUGAGCA